GGAAAAGCAUAUCUGUGUAAGUGUAACUGUAUGUAUGUAUGUAUGUAUCUUCCUUUUCUUCUUCUUCUUCUGUUAUUACCGUCCCACUAAACUAAACACAGAGAAAUCAAUUGAUUGAUCGGAAAAAAUGGCAGGAAAACAACAGAUCUCAAGAUCGAAGUCACGAAUCAUUCUCGUGGCACUCUCUCUAAUCGGUUUCUCACUCCUUAUCUUCCUCUCUUCUCUCUCUCCUCUCCGCACUCCAACCACCAAUCUCCACCUCCCCACUUCCCACACUUCAUUCGUCUCCUCCCUCGAACAAUUCCUCACCAAAACCCCCUCCUCACCAUCUCUCCCCGACGACACUUCCACCGACGUCAACAAACUCGACGAUGCCACCGUUUUCAAUUCCGAAACCUAUAGACUCAAUUCCGAUCCGUAUUACCCUCUUUCUCUUCCCCUUAGGGUUUACGUCUAUAACAUGCCUUCAAAAUUCACAUACGAUUUGUUAUGGCUCUUUAGAAACACUUAUAGAGAUACCUCUAAUCUCACCUCUAAUGGUAGCCCCGUUCACCGUCUCAUCGAACAGCAUUCUAUUGAUUAUUGGCUUUGGGCUGAUCUCAUUGCUCCUGAAUCCGAGAGACUGUUGAAAACUGUUGUUAGGGUUCAUCGACAAGAGGAUGCUGAUUUGUUCUAUAUACCAUUUUUCACCACUAUAAGCUUUUUCCUCUUGGAAAAACAACAAUGCAAGGCCCUUUAUAGGGAAGCUUUGAAGUGGAUCACAGAUCAACCUGCUUGGAAGCGCUCUGGUGGAAGGGAUCACAUAAUGCCGGUACAUCAUCCGUGGUCUUUUAAAUCUGUUAGGAGAUACGUGAAAAAAGCAAUAUGGUUGUUGCCGGAUAUGGAUUCCACGGGAAAUUGGUACAAGCCGGGACAGGUUUAUCUCGAGAAAGACCUGAUUCUUCCAUAUGUUGCCAAUGUUGAUUUCUGUGAUGCCAGAUGUUUGUCUGAAAUAAAUCCCAAGAGAAGCACACUUCUUUUCUUUCGGGGCCGGCUCAAAAGAAAUGCGGGAGGAAAGAUACGUUCUAAACUUGUGGAUCAACUAAGUGGAUCUGAUGGUGUAAUUAUAGAGGAGGGAACUUCUGGAGAGGGGGGAAAAGAAGCAGCUCAAAAUGGCAUGCGCAAGUCUAUAUUUUGCCUAAAUCCUGCUGGUGACACUCCAUCUUCUGCUAGAUUAUUUGAUGCCAUUGUUAGUGGCUGUAUUCCGGUUAUAGUAAGUGAUGAACUGGAGCUCCCAUUUGAAGGGAUACUUGAUUACAGAAAGAUAGCUUUGUUUGUUUCAUCCAAUGACGCUCUGAAGUCAGGUUGGCUCUUCAAAUAUUUAAGAGACAUUCGACCUGCUCAUAUAAAAGAUAUGCAACAAAAUCUUGCCAAGUACUCCAGGCAUUUCCUGUUUUCCAGUCCAGCUCAACCUUUGGGUCCUGAAGACUUGGUUUGGAAAAUGAUGGCAGGCAAGGUGGUGAACAUCAAGCUUCAUACCCGAAGAUCUCAACGUGUGGUGGAAGGAUCUCGAAAUGUGUGCACAUGUGACUGCAGGCCAGGCAACAUUACUAAUACUGUCCCAACAAUCUCUUGAAAGUUGAAUCACGUUUUUCUUAUAUAAAUGUAAUAUCUGUGGUUUUUCUCAAUUAUUUAUUAUUUUGGUCAAGUAGCCUAGUGGCUAGAAAUUCCACCCUUAUUAUUUUGAUGUAAUUGUCUUGUGGAAAUUUUUUAUUCUUUGGUGGGGUAUUUUGUUGUACUUGAAACGAGAAAGAAUUUAGUAUAUGUUAUCUUCUGUCAUAUCAUACAUGAAUGAAAAUAGAAAACAAAGAUCAUAGUUGCCUA